CUUAACUGGCGCCCGAAUAGGGACCCCUCGAAGACAGUUCAAGUAAAACUAGUGCAACACAAGCAAAGAAAAAAUUGCACCAUUUUCAACUGUAUCGUCAUCGUCUCGAUAUUCCUCGGGAGAAGCAGCCUAGGACCCCUAGUAGGACUACAACCAAAACGGAACCUUCCGAAGCAGCGACACGGCGACUGGCGAGAGGAUCCCGAAAGACAAGGACAAUGUGGUACCUGUUCCUAUUUUUAUGUUGCUGCCAAGGCCAGAAUAUUUCAAUAUCCAGUUUGGAAAAUAUUCCAAUAGUUGCAUUUAACAGAGGCAACGCGAGAGUAGCAGUAGGGAAUAACUACUACAUACACCAUUUCAAUGUAACAUCCAUACAACGCGAAAUUAGAAUAUUAUCUGCUGAAUUUAGUUCUCUGGAGGAAACUCAAUUUACAACGAUAAUAGAACAGGAAUUCACUAACGCAAAUGAUAUGCUGAAAAAUACAUUCCCGAUCCAUAGAGGCAAACGAUGGGACACAAUAGGCACAGUCUGGAAGUUUAUCGCGGGAAGUCCAGACGCCGACGAUUUAAGGUUGCUAAAUUCCACUAUUAAUGAUCUGAUAACCAACAACAAUGUACAAGUAAAAAUCAAUAACGAUCUUACACUUCAGCUAACGGAGACACUAGGAAGAGUUAAGGAGGCGCUAAAACUUUCACGAGAUACAUCGGUAGAUCUUUAUUCGAUCAACAUUCUCUUGAACCUUAAAUAUCUUUCGGAAAAGUUAGGUCUGGUUACUGAUAGUAUAACUUUAGCUAAAUUAGGAGUGACGAAUUCACGCAUAUUAAAUAGGAAAGAAGUAGAUUUACUAAUAAGUGACUUAAGGAAACAAAACCUCCCAAUACAUACAGUUACAGAAGCAUUGUCGUACACAAGGACAAAAAUUGCAACCAACAAUAAUGAAAUACUGUUCAUAAUAAGUUGUCCUAGGCUUACAAACGAUUAUUAUAAGAAAAUCGAACUUUAUGCUGUAACUAAUAAUUAUAAGAAAGUUCAUGUUCCCAACCAAUACUACCUUUCCCUCGAAUCCCAAUUUUACAUAAUACCCAAUGUCGAGAAACUUAUAUACGACAUCAAGGACUUGCAACGAGACGAUGCUAAAUGCAUUCCCGCACUACUACAAGGAGAAACAGCCCUUUGCGACUACGUGUCGAAUCCAGCAAAAACCGAAAUCAUCCAUUUGGAUAUGAAUCAUCUAAUUAUCGAUGCAGUCAGUACUUUCACCUUAAAAACCACAUGCGGCGUUAAAAGAAGAAACUUGACGGGUUCAUUCCUAAUAACCUACGAAGAAUGCAAUAUCUUCAUUGAUGAAAAACUGAUCUCCAACAAUAAGACAGAGAUGUUUGGAUCACCAUUGAACCUGCCAAUCUACGGUAUCAAAAUCACCCCACAAAAUUCCGUAGUCAAUCUAAGUCUGGAACACCUACAUUCACUGCACAAAGAACUUAGAAAUGAAAUGCAGAAAAUUAAACUAGAAACCAACAGCAUCAAAUGGAAUGGGUUUCAUACCACUAUUAUCAGUCUGCCUGUGAUACUGAUUAUUAUCUCUUGCAUCUACAUCUGUAUGAAACUGUGGAAAAAAAGAACAGUCAUCAAUAUUCACCAGCCAUCAAUGCCAAACCAAGCAUCUAACAACGAACCCGACGAGCAUAACUACAACGAACCCACGAUGAUGCAUGUGUUUCGGACGGAGCCUCAACAGUAGAGGGGGGCAAGUUAACGGCCACCCAACGCAUCGAUGUUGUGAUUUGUGUGCAUCCGUCGCAUCAUAACAUCGAGUGCAUUCCUUCCUCCCACGUUCCUUCCUCUUCUGUUUUCCAAACAAACUGUAACCUAGUUUAAGCGUAAAUCAAGCAGUCUGUUAGAGACCCUCACAGAGAACGGAACUCCCUUUGUUUCCCAAUAAAAUAACCUUUUCACUUA